UAAGGCGCCUGGCGGUCGGCUGAUCGUGGAUCGCAGAAGGAGGACACUGGGGCCGCCAUCCGUCCGCUGCUACUAUGAUUCCGGUGUCGCUGGUGGUGGUGGUGGUGGGUGGUUGGACUGCCGUCUACCUGGCCGACUUGGUGUUGAAGUCAUCUGUGUAUUUUAAACAUUCUUAUGAAGACUGGCUGGAAAACAAUGGAUUGAGCAUCUCUCCUUUUCAUAUAAGAUGGCAAACUUCAGUUUUUAAUCGUGCCUUUUACAGUUGGGGACGGCGGAAAGCAAGGAUGCUUUACCAAUGGUUCAAUUUUGGAAUGGUGUUUGGCGUGAUUGCCAUGUUCAGCUCUUUUUUUCUCCUUGGAAAAACACUGAUGCAGACUUUGGCGCAAAUGAUGGCUGACUCUCCCUCUUCUUACUCUUCCUCUUCUUCUUCUGCUUCUGCUUCUUCCUCUUCCUCCUCCUCCUCCUCCUCCUCUCUUCACAAUGAACAGGUGCUGCAAGUUGUGGUUCCUGGUAUAAAUUUACCUGUCAAUCAGCUGACUUACUUCUUCGCUGCAGUCCUCAUUAGUGGUGUUGUACAUGAAAUUGGACACGGUAUAGCAGCUAUUAGGGAACAAGUUCGAUUUAAUGGCUUUGGAAUUUUUCUCUUCAUUAUUUAUCCUGGAGCAUUUGUUGAUCUGUUCACUACCCAUUUGCAACUUAUAUCACCAGUCCAGCAGCUAAGGAUAUUUUGUGCAGGUAUAUGGCAUAAUUUUGUCCUUGCUCUUCUUGGUAUUUUAGCUCUUGUUCUCCUCCCAGUAAUCCUCUUGCCAUUUUACUACACUGGAGUUGGGGUACUUAUCACCGAAGUUGCAGAGGACUCACCUGCCAUUGGACCCAGAGGCCUUUUUGUGGGAGACCUUGUCACUCAUCUACAGGAUUGCCCUGUUACUAACGUGCAAGAUUGGAAUGAAUGUUUAGACACCAUUGCAUAUGAACCCCAAAUUGGCUACUGUAUAAGUGCAUCAACAUUACAACAAUUAAGCUUCCCAGUAAGAGCAUACAAACGACUUGAUGGUUCUACUGAAUGCUGUAACAAUCACAGCCUUACAGAUGUGUGCUUUUCCUACAGAAAUAAUUUUAAUAAACGUUUGCAUACGUGUCUACCUGCCCGGAAAGCAGUUGAAGCUACUCAAGUUUGUAGAAGCAAUAAAGAUUGCAGAAGCAGCUCAAGUUCAAGCUUCUGUAUAGUACCAUCUUUGGAAACUCAUACUCGAUUAAUAAAAGUGAAACAUCCACCACAAAUUGAUAUGCUAUAUGUAGGGCACCCACUGCAUCUUCAUUACACAGUGAGCAUCACAAGUUUUAUCCCACGUUUCAACUUUCUAAGCAUAGAUCUGCCAGUGAUUGUGGAGACAUUUGUUAAGUACCUGAUCUCUCUUUCUGGAGCUCUGGCUAUUGUUAAUGCAGUGCCCUGCUUUGCCUUAGAUGGUCAAUGGAUUUUAAACUCUUUCCUGGAUGCUACCCUUACCUCAGUGAUUGGAGACAACGAUGUCAAAGAUCUGAUAGGAUUUUUCAUCUUGCUUGGUGGCAGUGUACUUUUGGCUGCCAAUGUGACACUGGGACUCUGGAUGGUUACAGCACGGUAAUAUUUGCUCUCAUCCAAUAGAGUGUAUGGAGUACAGCUACAUGAUAAUAUUUGUUGCCAUUGAAAAUCUUACGAGGUAUGAAAUGUAAAGUGUUUCCUUAAACCAUCUUUGCCAACAUCUUUGAGCUCUUUCCAUAUCUAGAGAAUCCAAACUGUAGUACAGAAGGAGUGAAAGAAAAGCAUGAUUCCUGACCACAUAGUUUUAAAGAUUGAAUGUACAAACUUUGGCUGUGUGUAGGACAAUUUGUAAACAAAUGAAAAUUCAUUCAUAUAAUACCAUUUUGUGUGACUAUAUAUUUAGAAUUGUAAAAGGGAAAGCUGAAUUUGGUAGGGGAAAUAUAUGUGUGUGUGUGUGUGUGUGUGUGUGUGUGUGUGUGUGUGUGUGUGUGUGUGUGUGUGUGUGUUCUACUAGUGUUUGAAACCAGGGCCUGCCUUAUGCUAAUCAAACUUUCAACCACUGAGCUAUAUAUUCCAUCCUAGUAAAAUUUACUGGAAAGUGCAGUGUACACCUAUAAUCCUAACACUUGCCUGUAUGUAUUUGGGAGACUAGGCAAAAGGAUCCUGAACUCAAGGCCAUCCAUCUUUAGCUACAUAGUGGGUUCCAGGCCAGAACUGGCUACAAAGCAAGACCCUUGUCUCAAAUACACACACACACA